CCAAAAAAUAUAAGAGACAUUUUUGGGAUCAACCGACGACAUCUGAAAUGUCGUGCUCUAAAUUUUUCUGUGAUUUUUUUUUUUCAACAGGUUUUUCAAAUAUGAGUUAGAGAAGUUAGAAGGUUAGACCAUAUACAACCAAUAACAAUCACACAUAUUAUGUUACGUAGUCUCGGUGCAAGACGCUUGGGUGUAUCCUUGGUAUCGCCAGCUGUCAACAACAUAUCUAGAAGUGUGCUUGCUACACGUUUUAAUUCUGAUUUUAACAACUUUAAGAAUAAUUCCAUCAAUCAAUCAAAAGAAAGUAAAAGAGGUGCUACUAUAAGUGACAUAAAUGAUUUAUUAAAUAGUUCCUUAGAGCAUACUGAUUCCAAUAUUUUCAAUUCUAAAUCAAGUCAAUAUGGUACUUUAGAUUUAGCUCCACAACCAAGAGAUACUGCUAAAAAGAUAAAGAUAUUUGGACCACUUUCAGGUAGAACCAUUGAUGUUCAACAUAAUUCCUUAGGAAGAGCAUUUGGUCAAAUCCGUAGAUUAGGAUUUGAUAAUAGAAUAAAAUAUUUCCAAAAGGUUCAAGAAAGAUAUAUUCGUCCUGCUAAAUAUAGAAAGCAAAAGAAGAGAGAAUGGUGGAGAAAGAAGUUCUCUGAAGGUUUCAAAGAUUUAAUGGCUGAAGUUAAUGAUGCCAGAAGAAGAGGUUAUUAGUCUCUGUAAGCCAUUGUCAUUAAUGAAUCUGUCUUAUAACUUGACUUGUCAUUCACCAUCAAACACUCAUAAAAGUAGUCCUAAAAAGGCUACAUAAAUCAUAAUAAUGCUACGAUAGUAAUAGCAUUUUCAUAUAUUUUCCAUAUUGUAUAUAUUUACUCCUCCAUACCAACCCCUUGUAACAUAAAUAAAUGUUAUAAUUGUACAUUUUACAUCCCAUUUUCACUGUAAUUAUCAUUAUCUCUAAAAUUUCCCUGACAGAUCUUCUUUUUCUCCCGCAGAGACG